AUGUCGUCAACAAUGGAACGUUCAAAGGUUAAAUUACGUUACUUGUUGGGUCGAAUAUUUUCCCCAAAUUCAAAUUCAGAUUCUGAUAGGUCUUCAGAAACAUCAUUAGCUGAGAUAUCAGGACCUUAUAAUACAGUUCAUAGAAUUCACGUUGGAUAUGAUGGUGAAAAAUUUGUUGGUUUACCUGAAUCAUGGAUGGAGAUAUUACGACGAGAUAUCAGUGAAGCAGAUCAAAAAAAAAAUCCAAAAGCUGUUGUUACAGCCUUAAAAUUUUAUGCAGCAGCUUAUAAAGGUAAACAAGAAGACAAAUUUAUGAUGACUAAAUCUGUCUACCCUAGUGAAGAUGAUGUAGAAGUAGUUGAAUUAGAUAUUAAUAGUAGUGAAUUCAAAGGUGGAUAUUAUGAUAAAAUGGGGAAUUUUAUAAAAACAAAAAUGUCUGAAAACACAUUUUCUGAAAAAGGAAUAAAACAAAACAAUGAUAAUAUGAAUUACAUGACACCAUCUAAAGAUGAAAAUUUGUAUACAGAGUUAACAGAAACUCUCAAAAAAAAUAAGAUCUCAAAUGGAAACAAUAAAAAUAAAGUUGUAAAACCACCUCUUCCACCAGUAAGAACGCAAUUUCAUAGUGUUACAAGUUCACUUCCAACAACACCAAAAGAAAAUCUUUCACGUAAUAAUGGUAAUUUGUAUGCAGCACCAAUUGUUAACAAGACAAAGCCACCACCAUUACCACCAAAACCAUCUCAAUUUAAAACUGUGAAACAAUAUUCACAGGAUUCUUAUGAAUCAUCAGCAUUCUCAAAUACAACACCAUCCUCUGUCUCAAAUUCUUCCUCCCUCUCCUCAACAAAAGAAGAUGGUAAUGAAGAUAAGAAAAUUGAAGAAAUUGAUAUUACUGGACAUAAUGAACCAAAACCUCCACCAAGAAUAAUAAAUGAACAGGGUAUGGUUGGUGAAAAUAUUUCUACACCAGUUAGGACAAGACAACAACCAAAAUCAAAAAUGACUGAUAGUGAAGUUAUUGAGGAACUCCGAAAAAUGGUUAAUCCAAUAGAUCCAUAUACAAAAUAUGAUUUAAUGGUUAAAAUAGGAGUAGGAGCUUCUGGUACAGUCUACACAGCUCGUGGAAAAUAUAAUGGUAAAGUUGUUGCUGUUAAAAGAAUUGCUUUUAAAUCUCAACCAAAAAAAGAGAUGUUAUUGACAGAAAUUAAGGUUAUGGAACAAUAUAGGCAUAAAAAUUUAGUAAAUUAUAUAGAAAGUUUUUUAGUUGAUGAAGAUGAUUUAUGGGUUGUAAUGGAUUAUCUUGAAGGUGGUAAUUUAACGGAUGUCUGUGUUAAAACUGAACUUGAUGAGGGACAGAUAGCUGCUGUUUUGAGAGAAUGUCUUGAAGCAUUAUCUUUUCUUCAUUCUCAUAGUAUUAUACAUAGAGAUAUUAAAUCAGAUAAUGUUCUUCUUGGUAUGGAUGGUUCAGUAAAAUUAACUGAUAUGGGAUUUUGUGCUCAAAUAGCUCCAGGUUCUAAACGUACAACAAUGGUUGGUACACCUUAUUGGAUGGCUCCAGAAAUUAUUAGUAAAACAAAAUAUAAUUUUAGAGUUGAUAUUUGGAGUUUAGGUAUUAUGGCUCUAGAAAUGGUUGAUGGUGAGCCACCAUAUUUAAGAGAAGCACCACUUAAAGCAAUUUACUUAAUAGCUCAAAAUGGUAAACCAGAAGUGAAGAAAAAACAUCAAUUGUCAUGUGAAUUCAAUGACUUUUUAGAUCGAUGUCUUGUGGUGAAUCCUGAUGACAGAGCAGAUACAGGUGAAUUAUUAGCUCACCCUUUUAUCAGAAAAGCUAAACCAUUAUCAAGUUUAGUACCAUAUAUCAAAGCUGUUAAAGACUUGAUCAAGUCGGGUAACUGUUAA